AAAGGAAGAAGAAGAAGAAGAAAGAAGAAGUUUAUUAUCUCAAUUCUCUAAUUAUGCUGAGGAAAUGUGUAAUAUGCAAGUUACAUGGUCAGGAUCAACGGCUGGUAACGUUAAAGUUGGAUAUUUGCUUGGAACUUUGCAAAUGGUCAUCUUGGGUUGCUGCCUGCUUGUAGAGUCGCAUUAUUGUCGAGUUUGAAGGCAUUAUAUGCAAUGGGGGAAAUCAAGAGUUUUGAGAGUCUGCAAAUGGUGCGAACCAUUCAACAUUCUGUUAGCAAAGACAGUGAAACAAAGUCAAUGGAUUCACACUCUUAGCAAUUGAAUGAAGAAGUUUCAGAAGAAUCAAACAAUAUGAAGAUUUUGGAAAUGCUAGAUGGUUAUAUGAAGUAUGGAUGUCCACAUUAUCGUAGAAGGUGCCUUAUUAGAGCCCCUUGUUGUGAUGAGAUCUUUGAUUGCCGUCACUGUCAUAAUGAGUCAAAGAAUAAUAUCAAUGUUGACCAGAAGCUUAGACAUGACAUGCCGCACCAUGAAGUGAGACAGGUGAUAUGUUCACUUUGUGGCACUGAACAAGGGUUUCAACAAUUUUGUAUUAACUGUGGGGUAUGUAUGGGAAGGUUCUUCUGUGAGACUUGCAAGCUGUUUGAUGAUGAUACAUCUAAGAAACAGUAUCAUUGUGAUGGCUGUGGGAUUUGCAGAAUUGGAGGUCGUGAGAAUUUCUUCCAUUGUUACAAUUGUGGCUGUUGCUACUCGAUUCUUCUGAAGAACAACCAUCCAUGUGUAGAGGGGGCAAUGCAACAUGACUGCCCUGUUUGCUUUGAGUUUUUAUUUGAGUCGAGAUAUUACGUCACUGUAUUGCCACGUGGACACAUAAUUCAUGAGAACUGCUUAAAGGAGAUCAGAGAACACUACCAAUAUGCUUGUCCUCUCUGCUCAAAGUCAGUUUGUGAUAUGUCUAAUGUAUGGGAGAAAUUUGAUAUGGAAAUUGCAUCAACGCCAAUGCCAGAAUCUUACCAGAAUAAAAUGGUUUGGAUCCUUUGCAAUGACUGUGGAAAGACUUCGCAAGUGCAAUACCAUAUUGUAGCUCAGAAAUGCUUGGAUUGCAAGUCAUACAAUACCCGUCAAACAAGAAGCUGAGACGGCAGACUAUAUAACUUUGGAAAUUACAGUGAUGAUAGCUUCAAAUACGGGAUGCAUCAUCAGUUUGGGGGGUGUUAAUUUGCCUUUUCAGCCACCUCCGCAAUACUUAUGGAUGGGAUAAUGUAUGAUCCGGUGGUUCUGCAUCCCGUUGCAUCUUUGUGUGGGGCUUGUGUUUUCCCCCUUUUUUUUUCUUUUUGUGUCUUCCGUUUUCUUUGUACCUGUGGUGAAGUGAAUCAAUGUUAGUCAAAAUGUUGCUUCUCUCCCAUUUUCCCUGGUCCUUUCCUUGUGUUUCGUAGCAGAUGUUAUUUUCAGAAGUUAAAACUAUGCUGCAGUAAUUCUACGAGGCCCAGUGCUGGGUACGAGGUUGCAGAAGUUGGAGCAAAAUAUGUUUCUGAUAGGCUCCUACAGGGGGUUUUAUGUGGCCGUCUUGUGAAAAGAGAAAAAAAAUUUAAUAGAAAAAUUCAUUUUUCGUUA